AUGUCGACCAACUCGAGAUCGAACUCCAGGGCCAACUUCAACAACGAGAUCCAUGACAUCGGCACGGUGCAGAACUCCACCAUAAUGCCCCCCACGUACUACGACCGAUCGCUGGCGGACAUGUUCCCUCCCCACCUCCUCAAGAAGGUGGUCUCGGAGGUGGUAUCCACGUUCUUGCUGGUGUUCGUGACGUGCGGGGCGGCGGGGAUCUACGGCAGCGACAAGGACCGGAUAUCGCAGCUGGGGCAGUCGGUCGCCGGCGGGCUCAUCGUCACGGUGAUGAUCUACGCCGUCGGCCACAUCUCCGGCGCGCACAUGAACCCCGCCGUCACGCUCGCGUUCGCCGUCUUCCGCCAUUUCCCCUGGAUUCAGGUCCCGUUCUACUGGGCGGCGCAGUUCACCGGCGCCAUCUGCGCGUCGUUCGUGCUCAAGGUCGUGCUGCACCCCAUCGCCGUGCUGGGCUGCACCACGCCGACGGGGCCGCACUGGCACUCGCUCAUCAUCGAGGUCAUCGUCACCUUCAACAUGAUGUUCGUCACCCUCGCCGUCGCCACGGACACGAGAGCGGUGGGUGAGUUGGCGGGGUUGGCAGUUGGUUCCGCGGUUUGCAUUACGUCCAUCUUCGCAGGGGCAGUGUCGGGCGGAUCGAUGAACCCGGCGAGGACGCUGGGGCCGGCGCUAGCGAGCAACCUCUACACCGGCCUCUGGAUCUACUUCCUGGGCCCCGUCCUCGGCACGCUCUCGGGGGCCUGGACCUACACCUUCAUCCGCUUCGAGGAAGCGCCCAGCCACAAGGACAUGUCGCACUCGCAGAAGCUCUCCUCCUUCAAGCUCCGCCGCCUGCAGAGCCAGUCCGUCGCCGCCGCCGACGCCGACGACGACGACGAGCUCGACCACAUCCAAGUGUGA